CUUUACUUAUCAGUUCCAGACAAGGAUUAGGUCCGAAUAAAAUUUAUGAGCCUCGAUUGGAAUAACAAGACUUUAAACAGCCUUCGAUAAGACUUCGUCUAAUGUGUAUAAAAGCAUUCGGAAUCUUUGCUAAGGCCAGAGUAAACAUUGGAGAAUGAAGUUGUUCGUAUUCUUGAUAUUUGCUGUAGCAGCAGCCAACGCCGUGCCCACCGGGGUGAAGAAACCAUUGCGGGUGAUGGACAUGCCCAAGCAGGGCAGCAUCGAAGGACGUAUUACCAAUGGCUAUCCCGCAUUUGAGGGUAAGGUACCCUAUAUUGUUGGCCUGAGCUUCAACGGUGGCUGGUGGUGCGGUGGUUCAAUCAUUGGCAACACCUGGGUCCUGACUGCAGGCCACUGCAUCAAAGAUGGCUCUGGCGUGACCAUCUACUAUGGUGCCAGCUUCCGGCAUGAGGCUCAGUUCACUCACUGGGUCAGCGGCAACGACCAGAUCCGUCAUCCCCACUACAAUGAUCAGCUAAACAAUGACAUUGCCCUUAUCCGUACACCCCAUGUCGAUUUCUGGAGCUUGGUCAACAAAGUGGAACUGCCCAGCUACAAUGAUCGCUACAACAACUACAAUGGCUGGUGGGCUGUGGCCUCUGGCUGGGGACAUACUUCCAACGAGAGCGGCAUGCACAACUAUCUGAACUGCGUGGAUGUCCAGAUCAUCAGCAACGAUGAGUGCCGCAACGUUUAUGGCGGUGGCUAUGUGAUCGACAACACCAUCUGUAUUAACACCUCUGGUGGCAAGUCCACCUGCAGCGGAGACUCCGGAGGGCCACUGGUUACGCACGACGGCAACCGAAUUGUGGGUAUCACAUCUUUCGGUCAUUGGGAGGGCUGCACAGCCGGCCAGCCCGCUGGCUUCACUCGUGUCACUGGCUACCUGGACUGGAUUCGGGACAACACUGGCAUAUCCUACUAAAUGGAAUACUUUCAUAUAAUAAAUACUCAACGUUUAAAGAAGACCCAAUGGUAGCGAUAGUUGGGAAGUUUACUGUUAUUGACUUAAUUAUAAACAUUUUGAAAUUUUCACUCAGUGUAGCACCACAAGGUGCUAGCACUGAUGUAUUGAUCAGUUAAAGUCAUAAGGAGUAAGAAGUUUGCUCGCUUAUUUGUACGUCUGCACGUGUUGGUAUAAUAUAAUCCCACUUAAGAGUUCAAUUUUCCU